CUGGUUUUAGCUCUUUUUUUUUUUCCUACAGAGGAGCUCAAACCUGUAAUGCUAUUGCCACAGAAGCAUUAAAAAGAACUCCCCUCCUCAUUUCUGCCCCGUCGUUGAACACAGCUUUCAGUAACAGGGCACAAGAACAGGAUAUUGGCAACUCAACUGUUAAACUGGUCUGCGAUUAUGCUUCCUUGAGAUCACUCUGAUGUCACCAGUGUAAUCUGAGCCUGGAGCUUUUGUUCACACUUUAAAUAGCAGUCCCGGAGUGAUUUUGCUACAGACUCUCUGGAGAGCCUGGGAGCCGAAUUCCCGAAGAAUCCCCCAUCCAUGAAAGCCAAGCCAAGCCAGCCGGCCUUCAGCAUGUCCACCUCGCUGCGAGUCAGCCCGUCCAUCCACGGGUACCACUUCGACACAGCCUCACGUAAGAAAGCUGUGGGCAACAUCUUCGAAAACAUAGACCAAGAAGCAUUGCAGAGACUCUUCAAAAACUCCGGGGACAAGAAAGCAGAGGAGAGAGCUAAGAUCAUUUUUGCCAUAGAUCAAGACCUAGAGGAGAAGACACGAGCCCUGAUGGCUCUGAAGAAGAGGACGAAAGACAAGCUUUUCCAGUUUCUGAAACUGCGGAAAUAUUCCAUCAAAGUUCACUGAGGACCAGAGGAUGGAUAAGGACGUUAUCCAGGAAUGGACAUCUAAAGACCAAGUGAGUCUGUAAGACCCUGACAUGCACAGCAUCUUGCUGUUGCCUUGUAAGUUUCUCUUCCGUCAGGACUCCGGGACUCGGGGCAGGAGAGGAACAGAAUGAACUGGUGACAAGGACGCCAACCAAUUUCACGCCUGUGCUGUUCCAGUGGAGAAGCGCUUUCCGCAGGGAUUGGAAAACUCUCCCUGCAGGAGAAAGACUGACGCUGAUGUCAGGAGGAGAGUCUGAACAGAUAUAAUGAGAAGAUGACAUAUGGCUGAGAAAGACUGGCAGCCAGGGUCUCCUGGUCAGGCCCUAGGACUGAAAUUCAACCUGAACUUUUUUUUCCUUAAACAAACUGUGCAGGGAGGAGGGAGGAUGGAGAGGGGGAAUAAGAGAGGGAAUUCCAUGCUGCAAUCAUUUACUGAAUUUUUUAUUUGAAUGUUCCAAGUGUUGCCAAGAUUCAAUGUUGUCUAUUGGUAGAUUUUUUUUCUUUUUAAAGAUCAGUAAUUGAUUAUUUAUUUGCAUUUGUGACAAUGCCUUAAAAAGUGCACCAUAUGAUAUAAGAACAAAUUCAAGGAACUGCAGUAUUUUCAGCAUCUCGGUGAAACUGUACGCCACCUUCUGGUUCGUAAGGAGUUUUUAUGCAUUUCAAACUGGUUACCCAAAAGUUAAAAUAAUGGGGUCCUUUAUAAUUCCAAACUACUGUGAACAAAUUUUAUGGUUUUUUUUUUAAUCUUCUAACUAAUGGUAAAACAUAAUCUAAAUUUCUUACAGUUACUGCAGUAAGCAUUAGGAAGUGAAUAUGAGACACUUAUUAGUUUAUAAAGAUGCUAUGGUUUCUAUAAUUUAUUAUUCAUGACAAAUGAUAUGCAACCUUAAUAAAUUAAUAUAAACCUA